GUUUACAAGUACAUAGCACGCGUUGCAAGUUUUUGGCUGUCCACCAAAAUCAAAGUGAAACGCCAGUGAAGUGACCAAAAAAAGGAAGUUUUGGUAGACUCACUUGAUCGAUAGCAAAAAAAAAAAAAAAACAUAGAUAUAUCAAGAGAAACGUGCUCAGUGUCAAACGGCCACAGAUAAACAUUUGAAAGAGUAACGCAACAACUGUUCAAAUUAUCAAGUGUCAGAAUUUUUGGAUACCCACGGUAACACAACUUCAAAAUGGGUUCGCUGCCGCAAUUGUCGAUUGUCAAGGGUCUGCAACAGGACUUUGCGCCGAGAGCUCUGCACCGCAUCUUCGAGGAGCAGCAGCUGCGGCACGCCGACAAGGUGGCCACCCUCUAUCAGCCGGACACCCCGGGCCACGGAAUGGCGCCCAGUCAGAGCAGCUACCGGCAGAUGAACGAGCGGGCCAACAGGGCAGCCCGCCUCCUGGUGGCCGAGACCCAUGGACGCUUCCUGCAGCCUAAUAGCGAUGGCGACUACAUCGUGGCCGUGUGCAUGCAGCCGUCGGAGGGACUGGUCACCACCUUGCUGGCCAUCUGGAAGGCAGGCGGCGCCUAUCUGCCCAUCGAUCCCAGCUUCCCGGCCAACCGCAUCCAUCACAUCCUGCUGGAGGCGAAGCCCACUCUGGUGGUCCGCGAUGACUGCAUCGAUGCGGGCCGUUUCCAGGGAACCCCCACGCUCUCCGCCACCGAGCUCUAUGCCAAAUCCCUCCAGCUGGCCGGCUCCAAUCUGCUCUCGGAGGAGAUGUUACGCGGUGGCAACGACCACAUCGCCAUCGUGCUCUACACCUCGGGCAGCACGGGCGUUCCGAAGGGAGUGCGCCUGCCGCACGAGAGCAUCCUCAACCGGCUCCAGUGGCAGUGGGCUACCUUUCCCUACACAUCCAAUGAGGCAGUGAGCGUUUUCAAGACGGCCCUGACCUUUGUGGACUCGAUCGCCGAGCUCUGGGGUCCGCUGAUGUGUGGCCUGGCCAUCCUGGUGGUGCCCAAGGCGGUGACUAAGGACCCCCAGCGACUGGUGGCCCUGCUGGAGCGCUACAAGAUCAGGCGUUUGGUGCUGGUGCCCACGCUCCUGCGAUCGCUGCUCAUGUAUCUGAAGAUGGAGGGCGGAGGAGCUGCCCAGAAGCUGCUGUACAACCUCCAGAUCUGGGUCUGCUCCGGGGAACCCCUAUCGGUGGCCCUGGCCAGCAGCUUCUUCGACUACUUCGACGAGGGCGUGCACCGGCUGUACAACUUUUACGGCUCCACGGAGGUAAUGGGCGAUGUCACCUUCUUUGCCUGCGAGAGCAAGAAGCAGCUGAGCCUCUACGACAAUGUGCCCAUAGGCAUUCCUGUGUCGAAUACCGUCAUCUAUCUGCUGGAUGCCGACUAUCGUCCUGUGAAGAACGGCGAGAUUGGGGAGAUCUUCGCUUCGGGACUCAACUUGGCCGCUGGUUAUGUGAACGGUCGCGAUCCUGAGCGCUUCCUGGAGAACCCACUAGCUGUGGAGAAGAAAUACGCCCGUCUGUAUCGCACCGGGGACUACGGAUCCCUGAAGAAUGGCAGCAUCAUGUACGAGGGUCGCACCGACUCCCAGGUAAAGAUCCGCGGACAUCGCGUGGACCUUUCCGAGGUGGAGAAGAACGUUGCCGAGCUGCCGCUUGUGGAGAAGGCCAUUGUGCUGUGCUACCACGCCGGACAUGUGGAUCAGGCCAUCCUGGCCUUUGUCAAGCUCCGCGAUGAUGCCCCCAUGGUCACCGAGAUGCAGAUGGAGGCGCGCCUCAAGGACAAGCUGGCCGACUACAUGACGCCCCAGGUCGUCAUCCUGGAGCACGUUCCUCUGCUGGUGAACGGCAAGGUGGAUCGCCAGGCGCUGCUCAAGUCCUACGAGACGGCCAACAACAACGAGGGCGACUCCAGCAUUGUCCUGGACUUUGAUUACUCCCAGGUGCCCGAGGACCUGAAACUGACGGCUCGGGAUCUCUUCGAGACAGUGGGUGGAGUGAUUGGACGCUCCACCAGGGCCACUUUGGCCCCGCACAGCAACUUCUACGAGCUGGGCGGCAACUCGCUGAACUCCAUCUACACGGUGACUCUGCUGCGCGAGAAGGGCUACAACAUCGGAAUUUCUGAGUUCAUAGCAGCCAAGAAUCUGGGCGAGAUCAUCGAGCGGAUGGCGGCCAAUCAUGACUCAGUGCAGCUGGAGGAGGAGUCCCUGAAUGCCUGUCCGCACCUGAAGAUGGAAGCGGUGCCACUGCGCCUGGAUCACCGCCAGGAAGUUAUCGACAUCAUUGUGGCCAGCUUUUAUAAUAAGGCGGACUUGGAGCAGUGGCUUAAGCCUGGAGUCCUGCGAACCGAUUACAGCGAUAUCCUGAAUGAUAUCUGGAACGAGUUGGUGGAGAGGGAUCUGAGCUUUGUGAUCUACGAUCGCAACACGGACCGUAUCAUUGGCACAGCGCUGAACUUUGAUGCGCGGAACGAGCCCGAAGUGGACAUCAAGUCCAAGCUGCUCAUUGUCUUCGAGUUCCUUGAGUUCUGCGAGGGUCCCAUUAGGGACGACUACCUGCCCAAGGGCCUCAACCAGAUCCUGCACUCGUUCAUGAUGGGCACCGCCGAGAAUCUGAAUCCCCGCGAGAACAUCGCCUGCAUGCACUUCAUGGAGCACGAGGUGCUGCGGGUGGCCCGCGAGAAGCAGUUCGCCGGCAUCUUCACCACCAACACCAGUCCGCUGACGCAGCAGCUGGCCGACGUCUACCACUACAAGACGCUCCUCAACUUCCAGGUGAACGACUACGUGCACUCCGACGGCAGCCGUCCCUUCCGGGAUGCCCCGGACGAGCAGCGCGCCAUCGUCCACUGGAAGGAGGUGGCCAAGUAGGGCGACGCGGCGCCUUCAUAAUCACCGAACCAGAUCUGCAGCGAAUUUAUCACGCACCACGUAUUAUAUUUAACUAGCAUAGCCCUCCUACCACCUAGUAUUAGCCCUAGGCAUAGUGUAACUUAGCGAGGAGUUUCGUAAGAUUGUGUUGACUAGUUGUAAGCCUCCGAUUUCGAGACAAUUAAAGAAAUAACAAUUGAUAAUUAA